GCUACUUCCUCAGGGGCUCCGGCUCAGACCAGGUUAACCCGAGAUGGCGAUGUUGUUGGACGGUGGAGCCCAGUUUCCGAGCCUGGGCGUCGGUGGCUUCGCUGGCCCGCGGCACCAUGAGCUUUCCAACCGGGAGCCGAGCCUGGGCCUCAGCCCGUUCUGCGAUUCGCCUCACCCCGGAGCUUUCAAACUGAGCCCGGCGCCUCCGGAGCUGUCGGCCAGUCAGGCGUCUGCUUUCAGCCCGCAGGGAGGCGGCUACGCGACCGCUCUGGCUCCGCACGCCGCUCCGGUUGGAUCCUACAGCGGGACAACUUUCAACUCCAGCCGGGAGUUCCUGUUCCGCAGCCGGAGUGUUGGCAUCGCCGAUUCCCCUUCCACAAGUGCUCAGCAAGGCAUCUUCCCGUCUCCGGGAGGGGCUCUGCACGCCCCCCCGGGGGUAAAUGACAGUCCGGGACACCUCCUGUUUCCAGCACUACACGACCAAGCGGCCACUCACCCCUCUCCCAAUGGGCAUGUGGUGAACGGCCAGAUGCGCCUGGGCUUUCACGGCGAUCUCUUCGGGAGAGGGGACCCUUACCGAGCGGUGAGCAGCCCCCGGACUGAGCCGUACCCUCCAAGCCACCUCCACAACUACAGCCCCAUGAAUGUGAGCGGCCACCAUCACCAUCACCACGGAGCCGGCGCUUUCUUCCGCUACAUGAGGCAACCCAUUAAGCAGGAGCUGCCUUGCAAGUGGAUCGAGGAAGUUCAGAUCCACCGCAACAAGAAGGUUUGCCAGCGGACUUUCAGCAGCAUGCACGAACUGGUCACCCACAUCACCAUCGAGCACGUUGGGGGACCUGAGCAGAGCAACCACGUUUGUUAUUGGGAGCAGUGCCCGCGCGGAGGCAAAUCCUUUAAAGCCAAAUACAAGCUCAUUAAUCACAUCCGAGUGCACACGGGCGAGAAACCCUUCCCAUGCCCCUUCCCAGGAUGUGGGAAAAUCUUCGCCCGCUCGGAAAACCUCAAGAUUCACAAACGGACCCACACAGGCGAGAAACCGUUUAAGUGCGAGUUUGAAGGGUGCGACAGGAGGUUCGCUAACAGCAGCGACCGUAAGAAACACAUGCACGUCCAUACUUCAGACAAACCGUACAUCUGCAGGAUGUGUGACAAAUCUUACACUCACCCCAGCUCCCUCCGCAAACAUAUGAAGGUACACGAACCCCAGGGUUCAGACAACUCUCCAGCCCCAAGUUCCGGUUAUGAAUCUUCCACCCCCCCCAGCCUGCUGUCUACAAACAGCGAGGAGACCAGUAAAAACCCGGGCCCGGCCGCACACAACACCACCAACCCCAACCCGCCGCUGCCGCCGAAUUUUAACGAGUGGUAUGUUUGA